AUGGCGAGGCGCAAGAAGGUUCACCAAAAGCCUGCUACAAGUGAUAAAGGAAAGGUUACACCAGGAAAUGAGAAAAAGGAGGAAAGCUUGCUAGCAGUUGAUGAUGAAGGUCCUGCGACUGAUUUGGAGGAAGUUUUUAAGGAUUCUAUGGCCGAGUUCCCUGAGGUUGGAGGCUCGAGUAGGAAGGAUCGGAUGAUGGAUGAUGAUGAGAUUCAUGAUGCUGGGUUGAAAUGGAGCGAACAAGAUGAUGAUGAACCUUUGGUUCAAGAUGGCCAUCGAAUUGCUCAAGUAGAUUUGGAGGAAAUUGUUGUUGAGGCUUCUAUUUGGAACUCAGCUGUGGUUUGUGUGGUUUUAGGGGCCAAUCCCCCUUUUGCUGUCUUUGAAGGGUUCAUAAAGAGAAUGUGGGGAAAUUUGGGGAUUGAGAAGAUUGCAAGGUUAAAUGCUAGCCAUACUCUGGUUAAAUUCAGAGAUGAAGUCACUAGAGAUUUGGUUUUGGAGAAUGGGGUUUUGCAUUUUGAUAGGAAGCCAGUUAUUGUGAGACCUUGGACUACUGACUUAGAUCAUUUGAGGUUGGUCAAAUCAGUCCCUGUUUGGGUGAGAUUACCUGGGUUGGGUUUACAAUAUUGGGGAACCAAAUGUCUAAGUGCUUUGGUGAGUACUCUUAGGAGACCAAUUCUAGUUGAUAAGGUCACAAAGGAUAGAUCUAUGAUGCAAUUUUCCAGGGCAUUAGUAGAGAUUGAUAUAGCUGAUGAGAUUCUGAAAUCUAUCCAAUUCAUGAAUGAAAUAGGCCAAUUAAUGGAACAGUUGGUUGAGUUUGAAUGGCUUCCUACUCAGUGCAAGAAUUGCAAAGUCUUUGGCCAUACUAUGUCCCUUUGUAAUAGGAAAAAAGAGGAGGUUUGGAAACAAAAAGAGCCGAAAGCUGGGGAAGUAAAACAGGGUAGCUCGUCUGAGACACAGAAGGGCAUUACUUCUGUUAUAUCAGAGCCUGUUGCUGGUCUGGGUUCUAAACAGGUGGUUGACAUUUUGGAGAAUCCUAUUGCUCAUGAGAAGUCAGCAAUUGUUGCGAAUGUUGUUACUCAAAUAUCCAAGCCAGUUCAGGAUAAGGAGCACAGGAGCUCUUCGGAUAACAAUGCAGUUCAGGAGGAAGUUUGGGUAACCCCUAAGAGGGUGGGUGGCGUGAAGAAAUUAGGUCAUAAAGUUCAGAAUAAAUUGAGAAACACUUAUGAUGUGUUACAGGAUAAGAGAGUAGAGGGUUUGAAACAGGAUGAGAAGUUAGCAAAAAAACUAAAUGGGGGAAUUCCACAUUCUUAG